GGUGAAAUAUUCCCUCUUGCAAAAUUUGGACUACAUGACAAAAGUUCCAAGGACACAGCCCACCAAAUAAUGCUUGCUACUAUAACAUUUUAUGAAUCCUACCAUACAUCAUUCAAUUUACUCCUCAAAAAACUCUGAAUCACUCUACUGAUUCAAGACAGAAAUCUUCAUCUCCUCCAUGGCUGCAGCCCCCAGAUCAAGAAGUUCAACUUUCACUCCCUCGGAGCAAUGGCUUCUAAUGACAGCUACUAUUUUGGUUUGUGGGUUCUUGGGAUAUGUGGUUUAUGAUGCAAUAAUGGCCACAGCAUCUGAGUUGCUGCAGCGUUUACUGGUAAUCUCGCCUUUGCUUCUGGUUGUUGUGGUUCACUGGCUGUCUACAGGGAGUACUCUUAACUUCCCUAUGCCAGGGUCAGAGCCUGGUGCCAUCCAUCGAGCUGGUGGCUCACCAUGGGGUGUGGCCUCUGUGUUGCUGCUUCUUUUCUUCCUCAUAUGUUAUCAGCCUUCCUUCCAUGACCUUAUCUUUUAGUCCAUGUAUUACUAAUCAUGCUUAGAAAUAUGUAGUAGUUUUUCGAGUUUGGAAAGUAAUGGAGUUCUGCUUAGACCGGUUUAAGUUAAGUCACUGUUAAUCUUCUGUGGAAAAUGAAGUUCGGAUAGAAUUAAUCAGCUACAAUGUCUGACCUUUGCUCUGUAAAUUGUAAUGUCGGCAUGCUUAAUGUUAUGAAGUAACUUGAAUGCUUUGUAUGAAUUAAACUCUAUUCCUGCUUCGCACUUUGCCGCA